GUUUUGGCGAAUGAAUAUGACAACUUCCUUUUUCUUUCCAACAGUCCAUAAUGACUUCGAAACGAAGAAAUAAUGGACGAAGCAAGAAGGGGCGUGGUCAUGUGCAGUUUGUUCGUUGCACAAACUGUGCUCGAUGUGUACCAAAAGACAAGGCCAUCAAGAAGUUUGUCAUUAGGAAUAUUGUAGAGGCUGCUGCAGUCCGUGACAUCGCUGACGCUAGUGUUUAUGAAGUAUAUGCUCUCCCCAAACUCUAUGCUAAAUUGUUGUACUGCGUUUCUUGUGCAAUCCACUCUAAGGUGGUCAGGAACAGAUCCCGUGAGGCCAGGAAGGACAGAUCACCACCCCUCAGGUUCAGACCAAUGAGGGACAAUGCUGCACCACGCCCUGGGGCCCCCGGCGCUCCCCCACAGACUCGCUAACUCUGUGCAUAAUAAACAGUGACCUGUCAGACUCGUUAACUUUGUACAUCAGUAAAUAGUGAUCCGUCA